CACCGCACGGUGAGUCACCGCACGGUGAGUCCCCGACCGGUGAGUCACCGCCUAGUGAGUCACCGCACGGUGAGUCACCGCACGGUGAGUCACCGCACGGUGAGUCACCGCCUAGUGAGUCACCGCACGGUGAGUCACCGCACGGUGAGUCACCGCACGGUGAGUCACCGCCUAGUGAGUCACCGCACGGUGAGUCACCGCAUGGUGAGUCACCGCUUGCCCGAAACGCGGGCCGUCGUGAACACUAGUAGUACGUGUUUGUAG